AUGUAAUUUUUUAUAAGUAAAAGUCAACAGGAAAAAAAUUAAAUUGCUUAAUAAUCUUUGAAAAGAUUAACAAAUGAUUUACUUGAUGAAAAACUAUAAGAGUUAAAUGAUAACAUUUGUUAAGUAUAGAUUACUUUAAAUGGUCAAAAAUUAUAUUUAUUAAUAUCCCCAAAAAUCGGCUCGUUUAUUUAUAAUAAUUACUAAGUAUUUUAAACAUGAGUAUUUUAGUUUUAAUUAGAUUUUAGUACUAAUUACCCUUAUAGUCCUCCAAUAAUUUAUGUAGAGUCAAAUAUUCCUCAUCCUAACAUUGAUUUAAAAAAUCAUUAAGUUUAUGUAAAAUUUUUAGAUCCAACAGUUUGGAAACCAAUAUAUGGGUAUUUUUAGAUUUAUAGCUAAGAUUAUAUGACAUCAUCUAAGCAAUAAAAUAAACAAUACUUUACAUUGAUUAUACAUAUAUUCCAAACGAUAUCUAAUGUAUAAAAAGUGCUUAGAGAAUGGGAUAAUUGGAUCAUAGCACUGAUGAAGAAGAAUCAGAUGAUAAAGGAUUUGAAUUAAGUGAAAAUUUCAAGAGAAACUUUGAGUUACCUACACUUUCGAGAAUUAGUGUAGAAAAUGAAUAAUCCGAUGACACAGAAGAAGAAAAUCUAGAUGAUCCUUCAGAAAGAUCUGGUUAAGAACCUGCAAUAAUCAAUUUAACUAAAAAUACGAGACACAUUUUGGACGAUAAAAACACCUUGCCUAAACCAAAAAAGUGAUUCUUUUUAUUUAUCAAUACUUAUUUUCGGC